GUACCAACCUAGUCGGCCGUCGGCUAGUGUUUAUAAACUCAGUUAAUUCUAAAGAAACCACUUAAUUUAAUGAGAAAAUGUCUUUAGCAAAGAUAUUUUCAGUCUCAUCACGAGUACGAGCAUCAGGAGUUAGUGGUGUGAUAGUGAAACGGGCACAGUACAGCUCAUCAUCAGAAGGAAAUGUUGAGAAGGUUUACCCACAGAACAUACCUGGAUAUAAAUAUGUGAAUGCAGAGGAACAAGACAUGUCUUUCAGGGCUAUGUCAGAUAGAGCAGCUCAGACAAUGUUCUGGACUGAGUUAGCCCGAGGAUUUGCUGUUACUUUGGCUCAUAUUUUCAAGGAACCAGCAACAAUCAACUAUCCAUUUGAGAAAGGGCCACUGUCGCCUCGGUUCAGAGGUGAACAUGCUCUACGUCGCUACCCUUCAGGAGAAGAAAGGUGCAUUGCUUGUAAGCUGUGCGAAGCCAUUUGUCCAGCACAGGCUAUCACGAUUGAAGCAGAAGAGCGUAAGGACGGUUCGAGGCGAACCACUCGAUACGAUAUUGACAUGACAAAGUGUAUCUAUUGUGGCUUCUGUCAAGAAGCCUGUCCGGUUGAUGCAAUCGUGGAAGGUCCGAAUUUCGAGUUUUCAACAGAGACACAUGAGGAACUUUUAUACAAUAAGGAGAAACUUCUGUCGAACGGCGAUAAAUGGGAGAGUGAGAUCGCAUCCAAUAUCAGAGCUGAUCAUUUGUACCGUUGAGUUACUUUGUAGUGAAUUUAGUUAAAUUUUGUGAUCUGUAUUGUUAUAAUAUUGUUACAUUACGUAUAAUAUUAAUUAUUUAUGAUCAAGUGAAUAAAGCAAUUAGUAAGUAGUCAUUGUAAUUUUGGUCUUAGCAGCGGAACGAACAUUGCUGAACACGGGUUCCCUCCAUAAAUAUGACUAGUUAAUUUUCUUAACGGUGAAAUUAAUUUUCUAUAUUCUGAUAACUAGUUUGCAAGAUGUACUUAUAGCAUAUAUAUGUAUAUCACGUAUAAGUGUAGUGUAGUGCAUCAAAUAAAAAAAAUGUUAAUUAAGAGGCAAUGAGUAUGAAAUAAGCUUCAACAUGUACUCAGAAUUGACAUUUACACAAUUGCACAGUUCUGCUUUUAAAUUUUCAGAAGGCUUUUAUAAAUGUAUUAAUCUAACAGAGUGCACGUUAUGAAAAUGGCAGUAACUUAAUAUCACAUGUAUUAAUAUAUAAUACUAUCGGAUAUUAUAAUUUUAAAUAAAUAGAUAAUUGUUAAUGUAUGACCAAAUUGAAAUUUUUUUGUGGGAUUUUUUUUUAUAUGUUAUUUAUAAUGUUUUUGUGAAUGUGAACAAUAUUGGUAUAGUAAAGUAACAGUAAUGUUAAAAAGAUAUAAGAUUUAUGGAGUGUACACUGGUGUCAAGUAAUGUGCGUCAGCAGCACAACAAUACUCUACCAUUUAAUUGAUAAUACAGAUUUCAAAAUAAAGGCUGUAGGAAUAAAUUAUUAUUGUUUUUGUGAUAAAUAAAAGCAGUAUAUGG